GCAUCUCAGAGCUUCACAGGAAAUUCAAAGAAGCAAAUGAUCCACUUAUUUAUUUUGAAAAGAAAAGGGCUGAGUACUUUAACAUCUUUCAGAAAUACUGGGAGGGAGCAACAUCAGCAGCUAUACUUGGAGACCAGGUUUGCAGUAAACUGAAGGAAGCGAUUCUGCAGAGUGUCUACAACAUGAUCUCUACAUUUGUGUGUGGACAGAUGAGAGGGAAGCCACCAUUUAAUGGGAACAGAGCUGAUCUGGAAAAACACAUUCUGAAGUCUUUGGCAGAGCAGAAAGGCAAUAAGGCUGAGAAGUUUAAUAAAUACUUAACAUACAUGAACUAACCUAGGGCUCACUUUGAAGAUUUCAUCAAGGCCAAGGUUAAAGAGUUCAUGGCAGCUGAAAACCCUGAAGCAGUUUCUGCCAUUAAAAAACAUAUUGACCACAAACAGAGAAGAGUCAUAAGUGCAGCAAAAAUGGCAACAGAUAAAGUGAAAGAAGUCCAUGGGGACGCAAAUCAGUGGCUGGAGUUUUUUUUCCAACAGCCUUGUAGAUGAGUUAGGAGAUACCAGAGUUCACUUGUGUGAUGAAGAGUGUAAGGAUUGUGUUGACUAUGAUGUUCUUGUGAAAGCUAUAGAGAAAGAACUCUCAGCUGCUGUUGAAGAGUUAAAGAAAAGCCUCUGUAAGAUUUCAGACUUCUCCAUGGAGAAGUUCAGAGAAAGACCUGAUGAUACUCUAAUCAAACACUUCUGUGGGUGUUGCUGGGAGCAGUGUCCUUUCUGUGGAGCCGUCUGUACCAACAGCCAAAAUGACCAUCCUGGAAAUCACCAUGCUGAUUUCCAUUGCACAUCUGGAAUGAAUGGAAUGUAUUACAGGAGCACAACAGAAUUCUUCAUCGACUUUUGCACAACAGCUGUGGCAAGUGACAAGUGUUUUUACUCAUCCAGUGAAUCUAGGGCUAGUUUUUGUUUUAAAAAGUAUAAGAAAGCAGGUGGGAAGUAUGAGAAAUGGAACAUCUCCACUGAUUUGUCUGAGCUGGCUUACUGGAAAUGGUUUGUUUGUGAAUUUCAGGAAAAUCUUGAAAAGCACCAUAACAAAGGGUUUUAUGGUAAAGGGGAGAUUCCUGAUAAUUGGAAAAAUUAUAAACAGUCAGAUGCUGUUGAAAGUUUAGAAAUAUGGUGAUACAUCCAUUCUGGCACUUUUUGUGCUUUCUGACAACCCAUGGUAUAAAACAUCUGUACCUGAUGGAAGAGCAGCCACAGUCCAGCUUACCCUGAUGAGAAAGCUUAAGCCACAUCCACAUAUGAAAAUACUGCACUCUGCAACACAUUCAUGUUCUUCAGCUUCAAGAUCAAAUUCUAGCUAUAUGUACUAGCAUCACAGUCCCUGCUAAUUCAUUUAACAAGACAGCAGUUUUCAGUGACUUUAAUUUACUGCAUAUAGGAAACUGAGGUUUAUUGAUUUUUAAUGAUUCUCAUAACUAUUACUGUGUAAAGUGGAUAUAAAAAGUUUACCCACCUCAGUGAUGUAAAAAGUGAAACCAAUGUAAAUCAAAUCACAUCAGAUCAUUUUUAACCUUAACAUUUAUAUAGAA